CAGGGUAGCACUCUGGACCCCGGCUCUCCGACCCUCAGGGCUGCCGAUUUGCUGGGGGGGCUUGGAGAGCCGCCUUCCCCUUCCUGACGCGGACCGAGGGGCCAGCCUCGGUCCACCGCGCGCGCGGCGUCUCCGCUCCGUCCCCGGCCGCCCGCCCGGGCUGCCACCCGCCGAGUCCCGAGAGCGAGCGGGCGAGCGAGCGGGGGCCGGCGCUGCGUUCGCCCGGGCGCGCCCUCCAGGAUGCUGCUCCGCCCGGUCCGCUGAAAGAGAGCGCCCUUCCCGGCCCAAAGGCGGGCGCCCCUUCCCGGCGCCUCCUCCAGCUCACCCCUGAGGCUUCUAGGCGCCCGGGGCUCCCCCCCGCCGGCUCCCUUCCUCCCUCUCGCGCUCUCUCGCUCGCGCUCGCUCUCGUAGGGCCUUCCUCGCGGUCCGUGCGCGCAGGCGGUGGCUAGCCGUCUCGGACGCAGCAUGCAGGCGCGCUACUCUGUGUCCGACCCCAACGCCCUGGGAGUGGUGCCCUACUUGAGCGAGCAGAAUUACUACCGGGCGGCGGGCAGCUACGGAGGCAUGGCCAGCCCCAUGGGUGUCUACUCGGGGCACCCGGAGCAGUACGGCGCGGGCAUGGGCCGCUCCUACGCGCCCUACCACCACCACCAGCCCGCGGCGCCCAAGGACCUCGUGAAGCCGCCCUACAGCUACAUCGCGCUCAUAACCAUGGCGAUCCAGAACGCGCCCGAGAAGAAGAUCACCCUGAACGGCAUCUACCAGUUCAUCAUGGAUCGCUUUCCCUUCUACCGGGAGAACAAGCAGGGCUGGCAGAACAGCAUCCGCCACAACCUCUCGCUCAACGAGUGCUUCGUCAAGGUCCCCCGCGACGACAAGAAACCUGGCAAGGGCAGCUACUGGACCCUGGACCCGGACUCCUACAACAUGUUCGAGAACGGCAGCUUCCUGCGGCGCCGGCGGCGCUUCAAGAAGAAGGACGUGCCCAAGGAGAAGGAGGAGCGGGCCCACCUCAAGGAGCCGCCCCCGGCGGCGUCCAAGGGCGCCCCGGCCGCCCCCCCACUAGCGGACGCCCCCAAGGAGGCCGAGAAGAAGGUGGUGAUCAAGAGCGAGGCGGCGUCGCCGGCGCUGCCGGUCAUCACCAAGGUGGAGACGCUGAGCCCCGAGAGUGCGCUGCAGGGCAGCCCACGCAGCGCGGCCUCUACGCCCGCCGGCUCCCCCGACGGCUCGCUGCCGGAGCACCACGCAGGCGCGCCCAACGGGCUGCCCGGCUUCAGCGUGGAGAACAUCAUGACGCUGCGAACGUCGCCGCCGGGCGGCGAGCUGAGCCCCGCGGCCGGGCGCGCGGGCCUGGUGGUGCCGCCGCUGGCUCUGCCCUACGCCGCCGCGCCGCCCGCUGCCUACGGCCAGCCGUGCGCGCAGGGCCUGGAGGCUGCGGGCGCCGGGGGCUACCAGUGCAGCAUGCGCGCCAUGAGCCUGUACACCGGGGCCGAGCGGCCGGCGCACAUGUGCGUCCCGCCCGCGCUGGACGAGGCCCUCUCGGACCACCCGAGCGGCCCCACAUCGCCCCUGAGCGCCCUCAACCUCGCCGCCGGCCAGGAGGGCGCGCUCGCCGCCGCCGGCCAUCACCACCAGCAUCACGGCCACCACCACCCGCAGGCGCCGCCGCCCCCGCCGGCUCCCCAGCCCCAGCCGGCGCCGCAGCCCGGGGCCGCCGCGGCCCAGGCGGCGUCCUGGUAUCUGAACCACAGCGGGGACCUCAACCACCUCUCCGGCCACACGUUCGCAGCCCAGCAGCAGACUUUCCCUAACGUCAGGGAGAUGUUCAACUCCCACCGGCUGGGGAUUGAGAACUCGACCCUCGGGGAACCCCAGACCCGGGAGCACAGAGCGCGCGCGCCAGCCUCAGCCCUCUGCGAAGCUGCAGGUAACUUUAAUUCGCCGCCCCGUUUCUGAGAUCCCAAGAGGCCCCAGUACAGGGACGCGGCCCAACGAAAUGAAUAAUGAUUUUAAAAUCCCCCUCCCCUUCCAGGAUGGCUGUGCUCACUGCUCCACUCGGGGUUUCAAAAAUUAUAACUUAUGGACCAAAUCCCAUAGCGAUCCAGUAAUGAUUCUCUGUAGAGACCCCCAUAGGUCUAUGGGGGUCUCUAUAGAUUAUGUAUGUGCUGUGUGUAAUUUUAAAUUUCUCUAACCGUGCUGUACAAAUGUGUGGAUUUGUAAUCAGGCUAUUUUUUUGUUGUUUUUCAGAGCCAUUAAUAUAAUAUUUAAAGUUGAGUUCACUGGAUAAUUUCUCAUCUUGCCCGACCAUUUCUAACUGCCAAAGUGAAAAUUCAAGAAACCUAUGCGGGGUUCCCCCCCUGUACAAUUAUGAGAUAUAAUUCUUCUCCCAGUUGUAGGUCUUUUACAAAACAAGAAAAUAAUUUAUUUUUUGUUGUUGUUGGCGGAUAAAGUCAAGUAUCUGAUACUUUUUAUUUACAAAGUGUGAUGGUGUUGUAUAGUAGAUUCCUCCCCCAGCAUUCCUAAAAGAAAAAAAAAACACUAAAAAUUUAACUUGACCUGUGUUUGUCUUAUGUGGUCUUAAUUGUUGUACUUGCCUUAAAAUAAACCCAUGUUGUUUU